AUGGGUUUUGCAGUUCGCGACACACGUGGAAAUUGCAGUUUUGAUUCGAUCAUCCCACAUUAUGCGACCGGUGUGACAGAAUUGCAUGAUGUAGUGAAAAGCACGACCAUCUCGAUUAAACAAAUAUUCGGCACCGUCACCUUCCAGGUCAGCGUCACGAAAAAUCUUGCCAAGGAAUGUUCGAGGACAACCUUUUGCUUGGGAUCUGCAGGUUCAGAGAAUUCGGCCUUCGCCAUAUUCACGCAUAAUCGCACUCUAUUUUCAGGCAAGGAUGACACUAUCGUUGCGUAA